AUGCUGGCGCCGAGCACGUCAACGGAGCUAACACCAACAACCAUCGAGCAUGCGCUCACCACGUCGACCGAGGCCAUCGUGCGGCCCCUGGACAUCGCAAAGCUCGCGCAGCUCGUCGGCGCCUCCGAGGCCGAGGUGAUCGUCGCGCUCUGUAGCAACACGCAGGAAACCGGCCGGCCGCGCGCGUCGUCGUCCGUGGUGUCCGACGCGGAGCAGCCGGAGCAGCAGCGCUCCUCGCGGCCGAAGACGGCGCGCGUCGCGCUGGUGACGGCCGCUCGCCGCAAGCCGACGCGGCGCGCGUCGGGCGCGGGCAUCCCGGACGCCGUGCCCAAGGAGCUGCUGCAGGUCGGCGGGGCCGCGCUCAUCUGCCACAGCCUCGAGGCGCUGCGGCGCGCCGGCUUCCGGCGGUGCGUCGUGCUCGUCGCGUACCGGGGCAGCGAGAUCGCGGAGCACGUCGGCCGCCACUUUGGGAACAAGCUCGGCGACGACUUUGGCAUCGAGUUCCUGGACCUCGGCGACGACUGGGACGGCUUCCACGGCAAGUCGAUCCUGGCCGCGCGGGACACGGUCGCGCGGUGCACCGACGGGCUCGAGACGCCGCUGCUCCUCGUGACGUCGGACCACCUCUUCGACGCGUCGCUCCUGCGGUCCGUCGCGCGGAGCACGGACCGGAACCGCAUCGGCGACGACAACGCGCUCCUCGUGGAGGACCUCGGCGGCAACGCCGAGGAGCUCCUGCGCGCGCUGCCGCCCACGGCCGUCAAGGUCGCGAAAGAGGACGGCUCGUACUGCGCGCGCGUCGGCCGCGAGCUCCCCGCGGGCGUCAAGCAGGACGGCGUCGACGCGGGCCUGGCGCGGAUCGAAGGCCCGCGGUUGUGGGACGCGCUCGAGGACCUCGACGCGUCGAGCGACUACUACACGCUCGCCGACGCCCUGGACCGCGUCGCGCUGUCGGACGGCGGCCUGAGGGCCGUGGACACGCGGAACAAGCCCUGGGUCGCCGUCGAGACGGACGAGCAGGUCGAGUUCACCAAGGUCUCGGUGCUCAGCCCGCAAUUCGCCGGCGUCGCGCCCCUCGAGGUGCACAUCGUGCGCCAGUCCUCGAGCCAGGACUUCCUGAGCAACUUGCCCUUUGAGAUCCGCCACGUCUCGGACAACAGCGCCAACAGUUCGCCGCCGGCGACGCCCUUCGAGUACUCGUCGAGCGAGGCCGGCUCGGAGAAGGUGCGCUUCGCGCCCGAGGCCUUUGGUCCGCCCGUGGACUACCUCGCCGUCGGCUCCUCGGGCGCGCUCGACCGGCCCGUGACGCUGAGCUCGUCCAUGGUCGAGGACCUCCCGAGCCGCGGCGCCGUCGUCGUCGCGCUGCCCGGCGACGCGUUCGACGUCGUGGCCCUCGUGCCCGUGGGACAGCGCGACGCGUCCGUCAAGGUUUUGGCGGCGUCGGCGACGGCCGUCGGCUUCGCGGGCCGCGUCGCCGGCUUCGCGGAGACGCCGACGCUCAAGGCCAUCGAGCUCGGAGGGAACGCGAAGGACGGCAUGGACGCCAAGGUCACAAAGAAGGUGCCCGUCAUGGGCUACGGGCUUUUGGCCUUUGCGACGGCGGCCCAGGCGUCCGGCGCGCUCGUGCUCGGCGACGCGGAGCCCGGCAGCGACGUCUUCUUGCUGUGCGCCUGGCGCAUGGGCGCGUCGUCCUUGGUCGCGCUGCCGCUCGCCAUCACGGACUGGACGCUCGGUUUGGAAGCGCGAGUGAUGAACGGGGACGCGCUCCGGGGCGCCGCGGGCGCGGUCAGCGGCUACUUCUUGAGCGUCGUGACCUACCAGCUCGCGUUCCUGCUGGCCUCGGACGCGUCGCUGGUCUCGCUGUCGUCCUCGCUGGCGCCCCUGGGCAUCGUCGUCGUCCGGCUGCUCGGCUUGUUGAGUCCGAGGCCGACGCGGAGCGAGAUCGCGGGCACGUGCAUCGGCUUGCUCGGCGCCUGCGGCUGCGCGGCGUCGGCGCCCGGGAGUAGCGGCGGACGGCGUCUGAGCGCGACCGCGGCCCUGCCGUUGGCCCUGGGCCUGAGCUGCUCCGCGUGCCACGCGGCGUACGCGUGCUCGACCAAGGCCGCGCGGUCCGGCGGCAUCUCGGCGCCGGCGCUCCACGCGGCCAUGCAGGUCGGCUGCUGGCUCUUGAGCGUCUUGGUGUUUGUGUUUGUCGAAGGUGGAGAGUUCAUCGAGACGCUGGCGUUCUUCGAGAGCCCGCUGACGUACCUUUGGUUGGCUCUGGUGGUGGACACGGCGGGCACGUUCUUCUACACGCUCGCGGCGUCGCUGGUGGACCCUUUGCUCGUGACGGUGGCCGCGUUGCUCCAGCCCCUCUGCGUCGUCAUCUUCCAGUCGACGCUCUUCGGGUCGCCGCCGCCGGGCCCGGCCUACUUGCUCGCCGCCGCGUGCUUGGUCAGCGGGGGGACCGUGGUCGCGACGAGCAAGGCCGAGACCAAGGAGACCGUGAACAUCGACGCCGCCGUCGGGGUCCGAGUGAGGUGCGACUCGAUCCGCGACUCGGUCGACUCCGCGUUCUCGCCCCAGCAGUCCGCGAAGAGCCGCAAGUUCUGGCGGAAUUCGGGGGAAGAAGCGACGCCCCUUGUGUAA